UGCUUUUCAACAUUUGGAUAAAAUGGUGGAAAUUAGUAUCGAUUUGUCUGACAAUGACAUCCAGUAUAUAGAGCCUGGAGCAUUUAAACAUGGAAAGGGUACAUCAGAGCUGGUCAUAAACUAUAACUAUAAUCUGGGACUUCAAAAUGCUCAAAACAUUCUGAAUGAUUUUGAGAACAAAGAAUUGCACAGUCUCUAUAUGAAGGAAUGUGGUAUAGUCAUUGAUAUAAUCGAUGGAAAACUGUUCAAAGUACUGAAGACAUCCAAGCUCAAUAUUUUAGAUAUAUCUGGAAACACUAUCAAAACAUUGGCUGCUGAUGCUUUUGAACCAAUCAAAUCACUACAAAAACUGACAAUUUCGAAUUUCAUGUACACAAGCAACUUUACCUUUAAUAUUUUACAGAAUCUAACAGACUUUAGAUUAUUUGGAGGAAUUCAGAAAUCAACAGCAUUGAUACCUACACUGGAUUUAAGUGGCCUUCAACAUUUGAAACAUCUUAGACUUUACCUGUCUGAUAGCACAACAAUGAAUAUAAAAAUGAGAGAGUUACCGCAUCUGCGUUCUCUUAGGUUAAUUGAUGCUAACGAUUUUGAAGGAUAUCGUCAUCAAGUGAUUCAAUUACUCAAAAGUUCAAAGUCAAUUGACAGCAUUGGCCUUGAUGGGAACAAUUUGUUCAAAUACACAGAUCAUGAGCUUUGCCACUUGUUUGAAAACAAAAGUUACGUUGAAGGUUUGAGUCUCACAAGAAACUAUUUGACACAUUUACCAGGCUGUCUCUUCAAGGGGAUGUUCAAGUUGUUAGUACUCUUCUUAUCAAAAAAUAGGAUAAUGAACAUUCAAAACGAUCUUUUUAAAGACUUAUAUAGCCUGAGAUGGUUGGACCUGUCAGACAAUGCAUUAAUGUUUAUGGAUCCUGGGAACUUUGCCCAUAUGCCUACCUUGGAAAGGUUACAUAUCCAACACAAUAGCUUUAACUGCAAUUGUGAGCUAAUUGGAUUACGGGAUGUACUAAACGGCAAGUUGAACAAGCCCAAAUGGGCGAUCGGAAGAUUAAUCGGAUAUUUUGAAAAGUGCAGUAUACCCGAAUCCCUGAAACACGAGUUCAUACAUAACUACACUAUACCUUGGAUUGAAUGUAAUUCUGGACUGGUCAUUACAGUAUCUUCUGCAACUGGGGGUUCCCUCAUAUUUUUAACAAUCCUCACACUUGUGUUACUGCAUCACUAUCGGAAGGACAUAAAAUAUAUCAAAAUGGUGCGCCAAGCAAGGAAGCAUGAGGGUUAUGCUCCAAUUCAGGAUAUUCCAUAUGAGGAUGAUGCUUUUGUUAGUUACCAUAGUGAUAAACAGUUGUGGAUCCAACGAGACAUGUGCAGGGAGUUAGAAAAUGGAGAUGAUAUUAAGUUCACACUUAUGUACGAUGACAGGAUCAUGCCUGGUGGCUCAUUCUUCACAUCGUUAGGCAACGCUAUGUAUAGCUGUAGGAAAAUUAUACUUGUGGUGAGUCGUGGAUGGGUAGAGGCUGCCCUCAACCAGUUUGAGAUGGAUAUGGCACUAGCGACAUUGCUUGAUGACCACAAGGACAUGAUCAUUGUGCUCCUCAUGGAACACAUCCCUAAAGCUGAGAUGUCUGACACACUGAGAAUGAUGGUGAAACACAACACCUGCCUCAAGUGGAGUGACAAUGAGAGACAACA